AUGAGGGAUAUGGAACCCAUGUUCCUGUUCCCGUUUUUCAUCCUCACCCUCAUCUUCCUUGCUCCCUUGCUCUGCUGCAAAAUCGCGAUCAUCAAACCCAUGAUACUCUCUCUUCUUUGUCACCUCAAAACCGUGACAAUGACCGGUAGCAGUACGCUCGUCCUUCUCUCUCUCUUUUCCCUUGGCUUCACCCCGAGCAGCUCCCUGGGCUUUCUAAGCCACAUGAAUUCCUCCUUGGCCGUGGCCCUGAGCACCAUUUUCCUGAUCCUGACUUCCUCCCAUCGAGUCUUCACUCGACUCCAGUCUGGAACUACCACCCUCACUCCCAAGUCCAGCAGAAGUCUUACUUCCACCGACAAUAUCAACAACAUCACCACCGCCGACAACAUUACUUUCACCACCAGCAACAUCCAACGGUUCCAAUCCUAA